CCUCUGCAGAGAUGACAGCACCACGCGGCAGGCUACUGCGUUGUCGAAAUAUCGUUAAACUGUGUGGUAUGCGCCUGGAUCUGUGAUGUUGACUGCCGCUGUCGCUGAAGGUUGGAGAGGGAAUGACUCCACGGAAGUGGUUCCACCGCAGCAGCGCCGCCUGACAUCUCGGUCUCUGGUCAUCUCAUUCCUUAAGAUGCCAACACUCUACAUCAGAGCAUCCCUUUCAGUUCAUCACACAGCAUUGCCCCACGCGAAAGGCUAUAAUGUGGCGUUUCUGGGCUUACUCGCGUACGCGAUGUCAGGAUCAAAUGUGGAGAGAACGCGGGGCGCGCAGUACACCUCGGAAGCCCAUACGGGCCACAGAAACGCAACAUUGGCGGGCCACUUUUGUGUAGUCGCGCCCAUGUCUCAAUAUCUUGCAGGAAAUCAAUAAUACUCAGCAAGACUAUUUCAUUCAAAUCUCGAUAUGACAUACGACAUCUUCAAACCUCACUGGUCCAGAUACCUAGGCCCUGACGCUCCAGAUCCCGCCAAAAACACAUAUCGAACUCACAACGACGCUGUCUUUUCGUCACCAUAUGGACCAUUUCCACCGACACCAGAUGAUCUCAACAUUCACGAACUCUGCUUUCCGUCGAACAAUCCAUUGCCCGAAGACUACCCUCUAUUCAUCAACGCUGUAACAGAAGAGGUCGUCACACUCCACAGCUUCUAUGCUCGAGUAUGUGCAUUGGCGCGUGUCUUCCGGUAUGACGGACCAAACCCAUUGGGUUUAGAUAAGAGUCCCAUGGACGACAAGGAAGAUGGCGAGAUCCUAGCGCUAUUCUCGCGAAACCACCUGCACUAUCCGAUGGUAGCGCACGCAUGCUUUCGAUCAGAGUUGGUCUUCGGGGGUAUCAGUCCGGCAAGUACACCGUAUGAGCUAUGGUGGGUGCUCAGGAAGAUGCAAAUUACUAGCAUCAUGUGCCAUGAGACACUACUUCCAGUCUUGAGAGAAGCGCUCAAGCUAGGGACCGGUGAAGGCGACAAUCUACCCCUCAAGCUCAAGUUGAAUCCUCACAAAGUCAUCGUACUUAGCGACAAUUCUCAGCUAGAUACCGUGUCGGGAUAUCGUACGAUCGAGUCCCUCGUAAGGGAAGGUUCAAAGCUGCCAGAGCAGCCGCGGAAGCUGCUUGGGGGAAACCGAAUGGCAUAUCUAUUCCAGUCCUCAGGAACUUCGGGUCUACCAAAGGCAAUGAUGAUCACACACAGUAAUGGUUACCACUCUGGAAUGCAGACGCUUAUUACUGCUACGCAGGCCGCGCGCUUUGCAGGAGACGAACCGUUGACACCCGUUACUAUGCUCGGCGUCAUACCAAUGUAUCACUCGUAUGGUAUGAUCAUCUGGAUCCUUCGCGUCAACAUGAUCAGACAGACCAGUAUUAUGCUUCCGAAAUGGAACCUUGAGCUCGCACUGAAGAGCAUACAAAAGUACAAGAUCACACAUCUUCCACUGGUGCCACCUCUGGUUCGCCAACUCGCCCAGAGUCCAUUGACUGAAAAGUACGACCUGAGCUCCGUGAUCGGCGCGUCGAGCGGCGCUGCAUAUCUGCCACCAGAUGUCGCAUACCAACUAGCCAAGAAGCUGCCUCAAGGCGCGGGGAUGCCGGUGCCAAGUGGUUAUGGCCUGAGCGAAGCAGCCAGUAUCGCGAGCCCGGCUGCGCAUGGCAUAUUUGGAUUAGAGCCCGCACUACCCGGCAUGAUCGGAUAUCUGUUACCGGGUAUGCAGGCUCGGGUUGUAGACCCUGAGACACUCAACAAUGUGCCCAAAGGCGAGAAGGGCGAGCUCUGGGCGCGCGGAGCAGUCGUCACCCCUGGAUAUUUCAGGGAUCCGAAAGCUACUGCGGAAAUUUUCACUGAGCCUGGCUGGUUACGCACUGGCGAUCUUGUGAUGCGCGACGAGCGUGACCGUAUCCACUACCUCGAUCGCCUGAAGGAGAUGAUCAAAGUCAAAGGUCUACAGGUUGCCGCUACAGAAGUUGAAGAUACGCUGCUCGACCAUCCAGAGGGACUUGUACGCGAUGCAUGUGUAGCGGGUGUUGAUAACGGCCGCGGCGAUGGCUCUCUGUUCGUCCGGGCGUGGGUUGUGCUUACUGCUGAGGGCCAGAAACAAGGAGAAGAAGCAGUAUCAAAGAAGCUAAAUCAGUGGGUAGAGGGACGUCUGAGUCGACACAAGUGGCUGACUGGUGGUAUUGAAGUUGUAGAAUCGAUUCCCAGAACCCCUUCGGGUAAGAUGCUGAGAAGAGAGAUGCGGGACCGAUAUCAUGAAAGUGUCAAGAACAGUAGCAAGGCGAAGCUGUAACUCGCAUUAUGGACCAACCAGCCUAUGCCUUUACUAUGGACAACAAGACCCAUGAGCUCGUCUUCAGAUAUAUCUAAAACGUACUAUGGUAUGAGCUUUGUGCAAACGCGCUCAUGACAUAUCUAUCGAAUAGGAUCGUGACAUCUAGCCAUGGUGCGGCCAUGACACGCUUGU